UUAUUAGUAAUAUAUGUAUCCUGAACACAAUUCUUACUAUCAGUUAUAUAAAAAUAUUCAAGAACUGGAUGUUCAAAAUAAUAAUAUCGCCAACUAUGGAAUUGAUUACAUGCUUGAAUGUGCAAAGAAAUUAGAACUUAGAAAUCUUAAUUUGAGAGCAAAUAAAUUUGUUGACCAGAAUACAAAAAAUGUAGCACUCUUUUUAUUAGAAAAUAAACAUAUGUGCAGUUUAAAUAUUGCAGAUGUAAAUCAAACAGCUUCUGAAUUAAUAUAUUUCAUGAUGGUUUUGAGCUCGGACCAAGAAGUCUCUAAUGAAACUUUAAAAAGUUUAGACAUCAGUGGACCAAAUCCGGGGUGCAUGUAUUAUUUUGAUUCUGCUCAUUUUGCAGAUGUUAUUGGUCAUAUGCUUAAAUAUAAUACUACCCUGAGAGCAUUACAUUUACAAAAAUACAACUUUAGUUGCCAUAAUAUUGAAAUCAUGAUGUCCAAUGCAAAACACAAUGAUUCAUUGCAUUUGUUGGAUUUAGGCUGUAACAAUAUCGGUGAUCAUGGUAUUGAUCAUAUCUCUGCAUGGUUGACAAAGAGACCAGCCUUAAGAUCCCUAAUCUUAUGUAAGAAUAUCAUAACUGAUUAUGGUGCAAGGAGUUUGAGUUGUGCUAUUCCUUUUUCGAAACUUCUGUUUCUCGAUAUUUCACAUAAUAAAAUCACUGAUGAUGGAAUAGUGAAUAUCUUAUACACGCUGAAGAAAACUCCUUUGUUGAGACAGCUAAGGGUAUUUGGCAAUUGCAUUGGUCAUCAAACUGCAAAGAUAGUUAAAAGAAUGUUGAUAUCUCAAGUGUUGGAACAGAAAAAUAUAGAUGUCAGACCAUAUAAAGUGGAUCUUUGGUGGCAUUUUGCAAGAUAUGAAGAAGAUUGUUGCAAAAAGGACUAUCAUGAUGUUCCCUAUCAUCUUUCCUCACAACCACCAAGGACUAUUCCUCCAACAAGGCGUUCUAUUAGAAAAUAUUAUAAAUAUACAUAUUCGAUUGCAACUGAAUUUAAAUUGCAACAUUCGGCUGUAACCUUCACUUCUACAGCACUAGACACAGAUCAUGCAAGAGACUGUAAAUGUUGUUAUUGCUUCAAAUGCGAGGUUCCCUAUUACGAUAAACAAUGUAGAGGAGCUGACCAUCCAGAUACUUGCACUUGUUGUAAGUGUAAGGGAGAUGAAAGUAGCGACUGGUCUAUAAAUAAAUCAGUUUUAAAUAGAAUUGUAUCUCCUUCUGAUCCUAUGAAGAAUAUUGAACAUAUCUUAAAACGAGUAAAUUCUAUGACCAAGGAAGAUAUCUUAAGAUGGUUCAAUAUUAAUAAUGAUAUCUUAGAAGAAGAUUUUAAACUUAUUGAUCCAAAUGGAAGAAAAAGCACAAAAAAUACUACUUUAUGCAAGUGUUCAUGGAUGCAGCUAAGCACAUCAGUAUUACACAAAUAUUUGCAAAAAUCCUCUUCAAAGGAUUUAGUUAUUAUACCUAGAGAUGACUUUAUUUACCUAAACAGUAUGUGCAAAAAUGUUUGUACCAAAACUUCUUCAUUAGUUCACUGUUCAAAUGUUUAAAUAAAAAUAAAUAAUUGUCUACAAAGGUAUAAGGACAAAAACUUUCUGAUUUUAAAAGUCCAUUUUAUUAAUUAUGUACCUUCACACAUGUAGAUUGAAGAUUCGAAAAAUAUAAAUAUAAAAAAUACAAUGAAUUGAUUACAUCUUGUA